UCAAAUCCUUCUUGUCAGCUGGUGCUCUGUUCGCAGAACCAGCCAUUUUCUGCCGUGACUGGUUCGUUUGAGUGAAUCGAGCUCAGCGCCGAGUGUGGACGUAGCGUGCUCCGGCUGUGAGGUGUGAGAACGCCGCUCUCUCACCAUGGCGGAUAUCUCGCUGAAGAUCAACAUCCCCACUUUGGGGGUGGUCAAGACCCUGUCCUUCCCGCCGUCGUUGAUGGUCCUGGAUGUGUGCAAGCAGAUCCGAGAACGCGUGGCGGACGCAGCUAGCGUGGGCUUGCCAAAGGACACUGGUCUUUUCCGACCGAAUGAUGACCCGAAGAAAGCGCAGUGGCUGGACAAUGCCAGGACAUUGGAUUUCUACACGCUACGCUCCGGGGACCUGCUGGACUAUGUGAAGAAGACGAGGCCGUUGCGGGUCAAGAUGAUGGACGGCUCUCUGAAGACCGUGCUUAUCGAUGACAGUGCUACGGUUGAGGACCUGGUGAAGACAAUCUGUGAGCGGGUGGGCAUUUCCAACGCCAACGAGUACUCACUGCUGGACGAGGAGACUGACCAGGAGAAAGCGGAGGCGUCUAAGCGCCGUGGAUCCGUCAGCGGAGUCAUGGACGGUGAUGUAAUGCUGCGCUGGCUGCAGCCGGAGAAGUCUCUCCGCGAACAAAACAUCAAGGAGAGUACAGUGCUGACACUGCGACUCAAGUUCUGGAAUCGGCAGAUCGAUCAGAACGACCCCGUGCAGCUGAACCUCCUGUGUGCAGAGGCUCGCAGUGCAAUUCUCACUGGUGCCCAUCCGAUCACUGAAGGCGAGGCAAUCCAGUUUGCGGCGCUCCAGGCACAAGAAACAUUUGGCAACUUUGACCCGGCCAAGAACAAGACAUUAGCCUACAGCGACUUGGGUCCCUUCUUGCCACGGGAGUAUGGUAAGAAUCGUGCGAUCAACGACAAGGUGAUUGCCGAGUUCCAGAAGCUGACCGGCCUGACGGAUAUCAAUGCCAAGCUGCGCUAUGUGCGCCUGUUCCGCUCGCUGAAGACGUACGGAGUUAGCUUCUUCCAUGUCAAGGAGAAGGUGAAGGGAAAGAACAGGCUGACGCCAAGGUUGCUGGGUGUGUCCCGUGAGAACGUGAUGCGAUUAGACGAGAAGACCAAGGAGGUGCUCAAGACGUGGCCAUUGGUUACUGUCCGUCGCUGGGCAGCCUCUCCCAAUAGCUUCACGCUGGAUUUUGGAGACUACGCCGAGUCCUAUUACUCCGUGCAGACAUCAGAGGGCGAGGCAAUCUCACAGCUGCUCGCAGGAUACAUCGACAUCGUUCUGAAGCGGACAAAGGCACAGAACCUGCCUGGUGGUGGAGGACAGGCUGCUGACAUCUCCGACCCAGCAAAGGCAGCUCCAGCACCGGUGCCGCAAGUACAGCACAUGCCUGGCGGAAUGCAGCUCGGCCAGAUGAUGCCGCGCACCAUGUCAAUUUCACAGCCUGUGUCACAUACCGCCAGUGCUGCACAGACCGCUCUGUCUAAAAGUAUCAACAACACACUGGCCCUGAUUGCCAGCGUAUCACCUGACCUGAACUCUGCGGCCGACUUGCCUCCCAUUGGCUCCGACCCAAGCUCUGUGCAGUGGAAACAGAAUCAGAUUGAUGUCCUGCGGCAGAAUGCCUCGUCGCAAGUCACUGCUAUUGCCGCCUCGGCUGCACAGAUCAUUCGACGGACAUCAGGCGAUGAUGAUGACACGAACUACACAGCUGUCGGUUCCUCAGUGACAACAAUUUCUUCCAACUUCACGGAGCUGACCAAGGGUGUAAGGACACUGGCAGCUCUCCUGGCCGAUACAGGGGACUCCAAAAAGAUGCUGCAGUCUGCCAAGGAUCUGGCCGCUAGCACACAGAAGCUGCUCAAUGCCGUCCUUCCGGAGCAGAAUGCUUCACGUCAAGUUCUACUGGGUGCCGCUGGUGACACAGGCAUCGCCUCCGGGGAGGUCCUGAAGGCCAUCGGUGAGCAACUUGCCAACUCCGAAUUCCAGGAGCAACUUCUAACUCUGGCCAAGGAGGUGGCUAACUCCACCCAGGCGCUGGUGCAGCAUGUCAAGGAAGUGGCACAGAAGUGCGAGGACAAGACACUGAAGGCUGAGCUGGUGACGUCCACCAAGCGCACCGCCACCAGCACAUCACAACUCGUAGCAUGCACCAAGACACUGUCCAGUUGCGUAACGAGUCACAUUGCUCAGGAGCAGAUGAACGAGGCAGCGCUGGCUGUUGCUGCCGCCGUGGACGCUAUCUUCAGCGCCACGCAGAAGUCCUGCCACGACGAGAAGCAGCUGUCGGCCAUCGGCAGCGCUGCCACGGCCGUCACAGCCGCCAUCGACUCGGUCAUGAACAAGCUGCGCGAGGGACCGCAGACCACCGGCAGUGGUGAGGGGAAGUCGUCCACGCAGCACGAGGACCUCAUCGACAGCGUCAUGGACAGCAUCGAGCAGCUGUUCAGCAGUCUGGGACGACCAGCCGACAUGGUCAAGCAGGCCCGGCAACUGGCGACUGCGUCAUCUCGCCUUGUCACUGGUCUCCGCGAUGAGGCCAAGGCACUGUCUGCAGACCCACAAAAGCAGAAGCAAGUCUUGGGCUCGGCCAAGAAGCUCGCCGACUCCACGGCGAAAAUGGUGGAAUGUGCAAAGGGCGCCGCCACGCAUGCCAACGACGAGGUGUACCAGACCGGUCUGAAGAAGGCCACCGAGGAUCUGCGCAGUGUGGUGGACGAGGCAUUUGGUAGUGUCCUGCGCAAGAAGGCCAUUGCCAAGCUGCAGAACGUGGCAAAGCAAACCGCCUCCGGCGCCACACAGCUGAUCGCGGCGGCGCAGGGUGCCGGCGCCAGCAACCGCAACACCGCCUCCCAGCAGCAGCUAGCCGCGCACGGCAAGGAGGUGGCCAGCUCUGUCGGCGCCCUGGUGCAGUCCAUCCGCUUCGUGAACGGCAAUCCGGACGGCGCGUCCGCCCAGCUCGGCCUGAUCCACUCGUGCCAGCAGCUAGCACAGCCGACGUCCAGGCUCGUCGCUGCGUGUAAAGCGGCCGUGCCAACCAUCGGUGACUCUGCGGCCGCUCUGCAACUGAGCAACUUCUCCAAGUCGCUCAGCGCUCUGCUGGUGGACCUGAGCACUAGUGCCAAGGCUGCGCUGCAGACGUGUGGCUCACUGGAGCUGGACAGCGCUGCCGACAAUGUCCGCCAGCUGUCCAAGGACAUCGAGGCCGUUCUGAAGGUUAUCAAGAGCGGCAAGCUGUUGCCCCUGCCCGGCGAGACUCUGGAGAGUGCCUCGCUGGAAUUGGGAAUCUCCACGAAGACGUUCGGCUCGUCCAUGGCCCAACUUCUGACUGCUGCAUCUCAGGGCAAAGAGAACUACACGGGUGUGGCUGCACGUGACGUGGCCAAUGCUCUGAAGGUGGUCUACACCGCCGGCCGUGGUGUGGCCGCUGGCUUCCAGGAUCAACGCCAGGCUCAGGAGGCCAUCAUGCAGGCUUGCAGUGGUCUCAUGGACCAGUCAUUGAAGCUUCUCCUGGCCGCCAAAGAUGCUUUGCUGAAUCCGGGCACACCUCAACCCAAGGCCCAGCUUGCUCUGAGUGCUAAGAAUGUCCAGCAGUCGCUCGGCGUCAUGUUUGGCUGCCUGCCAAGCGUACGUGAUGUCGACACGUUCAUUCAGGCCAUCGCCAAGGCGGCUCAGAAGCUCAGCGGAAAGCUGCCCAAACCGUCUGACAGCUAUCAGAAGUUGCAGCUGACACUGAACGAGAACGGUGCCAGUCUCAACGCGAGUGCCUCUCACCUGGUCGUGUCCUCCAAGGGCGGCAGCAGUAUGCUGGCUAAGGCCGCAAAGAAGUUCACCGACGACGCCAUGCUAGUGUUCGAUGCCGCUCUGGCCAUCGCUGGUGCUACCAAGAGCAAGGAUGAUCAGAAGUUGAUUAUUGAUGCUGCAAUGGCCCUGGCGAAUUCCUCUGGAAAGUUCUUGGUGGCUGGCAAGCAGUUGGCGGCGCAUCCGGAAGCGCUCAAUGCCAAGAACCAGUUGAACGUAGAGAGCAGAAACGUAACGGACUCCAUCAACACCCUGCUGGGCAAGUGCGUGUCGACAACGCCUGGCCAAAAGGAGUGUGAGAACGUUCUGCGUAGCAUUGAGGGAUCUGGUAGCAUACUGGAGACCAUCUCUGAGCCAGUGACAGACCUGACGUUCCUCGAAUGCCAGCAGACAGUCCAGGCAAAGGCAACGACACUUGGCGCAACCAUGGGAGUCGUUCCGGCUCACAUCAAGAAGCGUGAAUUCGACAAGUUCGGAGACAGCAUCACGGAGGCUGCGGAAUGCAUCUCCUCACUGCUCGAGGCUGCCGCUCAGGCUGCGUAUCUGAUCGGAGUAUCGGACCCGACCAGCAUCGCCUCGCAGCCGGGCCUGGUGGAUAGCACGCAGACUGCACAGGCGCAGCAGGCCAUCCAGAACGCCUGUGACACACUGCUGAACCCGGCCAGCCGCAACCAGCAGAUCCUGGCCGCCGCCACCACCAUCGCCAAGCACACGGCCGCGCUGUGCAACAGCUGCAAGAGCGCCUCGCAGCGCACUCGCAACGAGGUGGCUCGCCAUAACUUUGUGCAGUCGGCCAAGGACAUUGCCGAGGCCACCGGUCAACUGGUCAAGGCCAUCAAGAGCUUGGCUGGUGGACUCACGGAUCAGAACAGAGAGGUGUGUAAGAAGUCCACCAUACCCCUGCUAGAGUCCAUUGACAAGUUUGUCGUGUUCUCCGCAUCGCCAGAGUUUGCGUCCGUAGCAGCCAAGAUCAGCAAAAGCGCUCAGUUGAACAUGAAGCCCAUCAUCGAGGCCGCCAAGGCAGUCCUGUCGACCAGCGUCAGCUUUGUCAACGCGGCAAAGAGCCUGUGUGGCAACGCUGACGAUGCAGCCUCGUGGCAACUCCUCGCCAUGCACAGCAAGACCGUCACCGAAGCCGUCAAGAGAUUACUUGAAGAAAUUGUAUCCAAAGCACCUGGACAGCAUGAAUGUGAGACUGCAAUUCAGAGCAUUGUCAAGCUGAUGAACGAAAUUGAUCAGUCCACCCUGGGCGCAAUCAGCAACACUCUUCAGCCGCGUGCCGAGUCGACACUGGAGGGCUUCCGGGAGCGUUCCGUCAGUGCUCUCAACGGCAUUCAGGAUACGGUGAGAUCCGUGGUGCAGGCAGCCACGUCCGACCCGACCAAACUGGGCCACACCGUCAGUCUGAUCAGCAGCUACUGUGAUCCCUUGGUCAGUGGCCUUGUCGGAGCUGCCAGCCGAACCAAGGACUCAACCCGCCAGAUGCUCAUCCUCAACCAGGCAAAGACCCUCGUCGAAUGUCUGCUUGAGCUUCUGACUGUCGGCAAGAAAGCUGGUGGAAACUCAUCGGCUACAUCGGCUAAUGCCGAGGUGGUGCAGGCUGGCAAGGCCGUACAGCUGUCGUCCGGUGAGCUCAUCACCACCGUACAGGCCGGCAUGGCAUCACACGGUGUUGAGGGACCCAUCGCCACCAUUCGCCAGGUCAUGGACAGACUGGAUGAUGCUCUGGCCCUGGAUCCGGACAAGUCUUUCCUGGAGUAUCAGGAGUCACUGGUGCGCACAACACGGAGCAUUGCCACGACCAGUCAAGUUAUUCUUGGCAAGGCCAGCACAGAGCCAGAGAAGAUCGCCCCACUGCUCACCGACAUCACCAAUCACUUCGGAGCGCUGGGAGGAGAGGCCAGGAAUGCACUGGCUGCCUGCGAACAAGCUGAUGUUGCCGCUCGCAUUCAGAAGAGUUCCAAGGCUCUGGGUGAGUCCAUUGGUCAACUGAUCUCCAACGCUGGUGCAGUGAUGGACAACCCGUCCGAUUCCUUCUACAAAUUGGAGCUGGGCAGCGCCGCCAAGGCCGUUUCACAGCAGGUGUCAUUCAUGCUAGCUGCACUGCAGGCCGGAUCGCGGGGAACACAGGCGUGCCUGGAGUCGAUCAUGGUCCUUUCUGGUGUCACGGGCGACUUGGAAACAACGUGUAUGUUUGCCGACGCCGGCACUCUCACACCACUGGGACCCACGGACACAUUCUCCGACCAUCGUGACAUUCUGAUGAGCAAUGCCAAGACUCUAGUGGAGGACACCAAGAAGCUAGUGGCCAGUGCUGCUGGCACUCAGGAGCAGCUGGCAGCGGCGGCCGAGAGUAUCGUUGUGACCGUCCAGGGCAUUGCCAACGCCGCCAAGGACGGCGCAGCGGCCAUCGGGCCAGACGACAAGGAGGCACAGGUCAUGGUGCUGAACUCUGCCAAGGACGUGAGCCAGGCGCUCUCCAGCCUACUGCUGGCCACCAAGAACGCCAGCGGCAAGAGCGUGGCCGAUCCGGAGAUGGAAGAGCUGAAGACAUGCGCAAAGGUCAUGAUCGGCAGUGUGUCGUCGCUCAUCAAGACCGUCAAGAUCUCCGACGACGAAGCGGCACGCGGCGGACGCGGUAUGGAGACCGCCAUCGAGGCCGUCAACCAAGAGCUCCAGAUCUUCACGUCCAGUGAGGCACCACAGCGCGAGUCCACGCCCGAGGAUCUGAUCCACGCCACUAAGGCCAUCACCAUGACGACGGCGCGUGCCAUUGCUGCCGCAAACAGCGGCAAGCAGAGCGAUGUGCUGAACGUGGCACAGCUGGCGCGUAAGGCUGUCGCAGAGCUGCUGGCUACGGCCAAGGCUGCUGCAGCCGCUGCAGAGAACGACCAGCACGCAGAGCAAGUCAGAGCAUCGGCGCAGGCCUGCGUGAAAGCAUUGCUUCUGGUCAUGGACUCUGUACUCAUGAUCACCACCAAGCAGAACUACGAGAAGAAGCAGAAGCUGCCCGAGCUGUCCAAGGCUGUGGCAGUGGCGGUCAGCGACGUCAUCCAGUCUGCAGAAGUCCUCAAAGGAACGGAUUGGGUCAACCCCGACGAUCCCAACGUCCAGGCUGAGAAUGAGCUCCUGGCAGCUGCCUCGGCCAUCGAAGCAGCUGCUAAGAAGCUGACCGCACUCAGAAAGCGCGAGGACGCACAGGAGGCUGAUCCAUCGCUCAACUUCCACGAACAGAUUGUGGAGGCUGCCCGUGCCAUCACGGCAGCCACUGGUGCUCUCGUCAAGUCCGCAACGCAAGCUCAGCGCGAGCUCGUGGCGUCCGGAGCUAUGCAAGUAUCAGAUGGUGGCUAUGGUGGUGAUGAGUUCCAACAGUGGUCUCAGGGACUGGUGUCAGCGGCCAAGACUGUAGCAGCCACCACCAACGCUCUGUGUGAGGCGGCCAACGCGGCCGUGGACGGUGGCGCCAGCGAGGAGCGUCUCAUCGCCUCCUCCAAGGCCGUGGCCAAGGCCACCGCUCAGCUCCUGGUGGCGUGCAUGAUUAAGGCCGAUCCAACGGGAUCCUCCAUGAAGCGACUCCAGGAGGCUGGCCAAGCUGUGAAGGCUGCAUCUGAGAACCUUGUCAAGGCAGCUAAGCAGGCUAUGGAGGCAGCCAUGGACGAGGAAGUCCCGAUCAAUGUAUCAGAAAGACAUGUUGGCGGCAUGGCACAGGAGAUCGAAGCCAUGGAGCAGCUGCAGAUGAAGGAGAAAGAGCUGGAGCUUGCCAAGAGGCAGCUGCACAGGAUUCGCCAGGACCGCUACAAGGUCAAUUAACGGCUGUGUCGAAUCACACUGUCACAAGCACUCACCCACUACUACUACCCCGCGAUCCAUGCCUGAAGUUAGCUUUCCUUUCUUGUCCUCACUGUCGUGUACACGCUGAUUUGCACGGUUCGAAUCUCCUUUGUUCUGACCGUGUUUCUUCGCCGCAACAUUUUAUUUUAUUUUUUCUGUCUCCCUCACCUACUUUGGACAUAAUUAUUUGAAGCACCUUUCUUGCACAAUUCCCGUUCCAUGCAAGUAUUGCGAUUGCGCUUGCCCACUGCUAAACAUAAUUGCUGCUGGAGAGAAAGCUGGGUGCUCCGUCACCUACCCACGUCAUAGAUGCUCUUGUUUCAGUACACCCGUGUGUUGUGCUGCCUGGUUAGCUUGUGUUUCGCAGUGUGCACUCGCUCUGGCCGUUUAAAACUAUACUGACGUCUCGUGCACUCAUUCCUGCAACUACACUGACACUAGAUAUAUUUUUGGGAUAUGAAGAAUGAGGAUACAGGAGAUGCAUCGUUAACUUUUGAAGCUUUCUGCCUGGGGAAAACCUCCAAUUCGGAUUCUAUUCCAUUCUAUUCUAUUUUAUUUUAUUCUAUUCUGUGUAUUUACUAUUUAGCCCUGGAGAUUUUGCUUACAGCAUGAUUUGCGUCACUGUACUCUACUUUGCGUGAUAUACAUCCUUGUAUGACGAUAUGAAACGAUCUUAUCGGUACAAGUUAA